AUGGAGCCAGGUAAACAAAAUGUUGCGAAAGCGGGGUUAUGGAACCCCAUUCGCAUCGGAAUGCGGGACAUCGACGAAGAGGAAUUCUACAACAACCAUCCUCUCCUCAAGCGUGAAAUCUACCAGCCCUUCGCACAGCCGAACCAGCAGCUACCACGUGUGUUGGUUAGUUUUACGUACAACCAACCAACAUAUGCGACGCGUCUGGUUGCUCCCGCAAGCAGUCCCGGAAGCAGACCCAACAUCAUCCGUCUUGCAAAGGCACCAAUAACCCCGGGAUCCUACAUCACCACCUUCCAUUCAGAGACAAUUGGGCCUUUGGCAGCUGCCAUGAUAGGCUCCGAGGGCUGCCUCUUCCGGCACACCCCUGACAGAAAAUCCUUCGAAGCAAUUAGGGAACCGCAGGCUGUUCGAGCGGUCCAGUACGAGCUCGAGGAACACCAUCUCAGCGACGAGACAGUGCAGCUUGUCCAGAACGACAAAAGAUAUCGUCGCAACGAAGUUCCCGUCUCUCAAAACAAAACAGGGCAUGAUAGUGUGUUGGUAUCAGCCUACCAAUGCUUUUACGUCAACGAGGCCGAUAACUCGACGGAAAGUCUUGCAGAUCAGCCCUGGAAGCCGUUUCAUAAGAUUCAACUAGAAAUCUACAGAGAUGCGUCUGAGGCGUCGGUAGCUUCCUCGGCUGCUUGA